CCUUAAUAACAGCGCUGUCUGGAGUAAAGGCAAUAUUGCAGCUUUUAUUAAGAAACACGUCACGCUUUAGGUGAAAGACAGUUGUGCAAAUUAACACUUAACAAUUUAUAUACUUUAUAAAUGGUUAAAAAUACAUCACUGGAUUAUCUUUGGGAUCUUGUUCCACCUAAAGAAGCUAGUGCAAGCAAGUGCCAUCCCAGAAAUCGAUUAAAUGCAAAAGUAUUAAUUAUGCAAUUAUUUAUUCCAUACAGUCGAAAUAUGACAUGCCUGCUAAAAAAAUUGUUUGAUCAGGGUUAAAUUCAAGGCUUUCAAAACGUUUCAUGAUAAUACAUCGAUCCUUUCAUAUUGCGCAAUGAAACCCUGACAUAAACAAAAAUCAUUCCCGCGAUUUAGCUGUAAUGUUGCUGAGUGCCACGUUAAACAUUGUAAACAAAUCUUGUUCUUACAUCGAAUCAACAGCAGCUCCUCCUACAGGAGACUAAUCCACUAUUAGACCACUAGACCACGGAGGAGGUCUUAUUGGAAGUAGACUGGCAGCUUGGUUUCAACUCCGCGGGUCAAGUAUUAUCUUCGAGUGUACAUAAAUUAUCAACUGGUGUUAAACACUGACAUACUGACCGAGUUCCGCACGGCGGGUGCUGCGGCCCAUAUUUGCGUUGUCUCUCUCAAGGUUCUACGUGUACACCCACAGAAAGACAACAGCCUGCAUGGUCAGCGUCUUGUCGCACAAGCACAGUACGGGAUCACGGGAGUGAGACCUUUAGAAGUAACCAUGUCUGACUACCACAUCAGGCGAGCCACGGUUGAUGACUUCGACCGCGUCAUGGCCAUUGGGGACGUUUACGGGGGUAUUGACUACCUGCGUCAUCAUUAUCCCCUUUUUAUGGACGACCCUUACGCCCAGUCGUAUGUCUACGUCGUCGGUGAGGAGAUAGUUGGCUUCUGCACUUCUUUCCUGGUCGACGAUGGGCUGACCUUUCUAGUUCGAGGCAGCAGGGUUAAGAAAGACUUCCAAGGACAAGGGGUUUAUGGCCGUCUUAUGAAACACGUUUACGCAGAAUACAAAGACGUAGACAGCAUCCAAUACGACGCCAUGACCACCAACAAUUGCAACUUUGAAGCUAAGAAAGACAGCCUUAGGAAAACCCAUACUGAAAUUUCAAGAAAGAACUUCUUGAAUUAUCACUUUAAGAUGGAAGAUAUUCAACCUCUCACCCCGCCAACCGAUAUAAUUCUGGAGGAGGUCAACUCGUCAGCUAUGAUGUCAUUAUUUGAGGACAACAUUACACGCGAGAAACUGUUUCCUGGAGACAAGAUAAUCAUAGAUUGGGUUCCCCUACGCCUGCUACUCUCCAACAUGAAGUACAUACUCGCACCAAGCUCAUUAGCGCUCCAGUCAAGGGGCGAUGACACUCACGUGUCACUUCUCACGGUUGGAACACCAAUGCAGUGUGAGAAGGGAAUCAGAUAUAGUCUCGAUGUUUUCGGAAGCGACGGCUCCGUCCUACGUCAUCACAUUAUUCGUCACAUGGAGUACCUACGCUCGCUGACUCAGAAAGCAGUUGUAUUUCAGAUUAUAACUGCAUUCGAGUUAGGAAAUAACGGGGAUGAUAUUAUAAAAGGCCUGGGGGUUCCUCCAUUCGAUUUUCCGAUGACUGAAAUGAUUUAUUUUGAAAAGAGUUUCAGGUGAAAAAUGUCAGAUGUUCACGGUCGAGGAAAUGUUCCUUGAGUCAUCAUGUCUUAGUCUUAAUUACGAAGAUUUGCAACUGGGAUACGUUAAAGUUAGACUCAGGGCAGAGGGACUUCUUACAAAUGCAUUUUUUCUAUAUAACAUAGGCAGUCCGUUCGAAAUAUUACAUAAAGAAAAAUGUGAAACAAUUUGAAAAGGUUUGUUUUGCAUUCAACAAUAUUGCGGCUACAUGACGUCGAUCUGGAAAUCAUCGAGUCGCGAUCAGACAAUCUAGGGACUCAUAUCUCCACACAAUAAUGAUAUGAUGAAACAAUGCACACCAAGUUACCGCUUCUAUCCUUGAAUCACAAGCUGGGGACAUGUCGUUUUUGCUGUUGCUUAACACGCGGUCAGCAAUAUCCUAGCUACAGGACGGCAACACGUAAAUAUUGCCAUGUAAUAUAUUGAUUAUAUUACCAAUGACAGAUACCACGAAGAUCACUUCUUAUCACACGUGUAUAUAAUCGGAUCCACAUAUUUAAGACCCGUGAAGAUCCGGGGUAGAAUAGGUCUUCAGCAAUCCAUGCUUGCCGUAAAAGGCGACUAUGCUUGUCGUAAGAGGCGACUAACGGGAUUGGGUGGUCAGGCUCCCUGACUUGG